CAAAGACGUUUACGUACUUUGACUCAUAAUCAGUCAUCCAGCGUCAAAGACAUAAGAUUUCUGAGAAUACAGAAACAGAUACAAUAAAUUGGGGUAUAAUACGGUCUACAACUUUCCAUCGAGGUCCAGUUUUUAAUUAUUAAUUGAGGUGUGAAGUGAUAGUUCCUGCAACUUCUAUCGUGGAAUAUAUAUUCACCAAUAGAGAUUCUUAUUAGACGGUAAAGUAAACAGAUAAAGAUGUCGUUCCAAUCACCAAUGCCAAGCCGGGAGUUCCUUUGGGAUGUGUUCAGAAGAGUGGACAAGGAUCACAGUGGCUACAUAUCAGCCGAUGAGUUGCAACAAGCUCUCUCCAAUGGAACAUGGAAUCCAUUCAAUCCCGAAACUGUUCGUCUUAUGAUUGGUAUGUUUGACAAACAGAAUAGAGGUGUGAUCAACUUUGAAGAUUUUGGUGCACUCUGGAAGUAUGUGACUGACUGGCAGAACUGCUUCCGAUCGUUCGACAGAGAUAAUUCAGGGAACAUUGAUAGGAUGGAGUUGAAGAAUGCUCUCACAGCAUUCGGGUACAGAUUGUCGGACGAAGUUGUCAACAUAAUGGUACAGAAGUUCGACAGAUUUGGCCGCGGCACCAUCUUGUUUGAUGAUUUCAUCCAGUGCUGUGUCACUUUAUAUACUCUGACGUCAGCGUUCCGCCAAUUCGACACAGACCAAGACGGAGUAAUAACCAUUCAUUACGAACAAUUCCUUAAGAUGGUCUUUGGAUUAAAGUGUUUCCCGUAGACAUCGCAGUUGACAAGGUUCCGGAAAAGUUUCGUACAGCCCACUCGUACCCACCAAUUAAAUAAAACUAUCAAAGGUAAUCUAACAUACUCGGGUAACAAAAAUGUGUGAAACAAUAUUGUCUUAAAUUACACUUCAUAUUAUUUGUAGCAAAUGCAUAAUUCCUACUAUCUAAAAAUAGUUGCUUAUAAUACCUUCACUAAGCAUACCUUUUGGAUUUGACCAAUUUUCAGUGCUCAAUGAUUAAAAAACAAA